CCUAUCGGAAUCGCAUGUUGUAUGGUCCGAGGUGGAAGUAGAAGAAAGACGACCGACUCAGUGAACAAAACCGACCAACCUCGCCCGCCAUGGGUUUACUAGCACAUACAUUCGUGUUUUAGUCGAGCAAGGCAAUUCAUGCGUUGCAGACACACUCAUAAAACAUGUGGAGAGCACCAGGCGUUGUUGGACAGUCCUGAAUAUGUUACGGACGAAUCGUAUCAUCAUGUUCAUCAAUAAACCCAACGAGGACGACAAUGCGGACGGUAUAGAAGUGAAUUUCUUGGAUAAAUAAACCUCGGUCGGCAAUGCAAUGAGCAUUUCCUCCAACAUGCAAGUGCCGUGUCUCCACUAUAUAUUAUGCAUCGGAAACGAGAAAGACGUAAGCUCCCCGCGAAGACUCUGGCUCUGAGGUCCGACCGUUUCGAAUCAUCAAUAACUCAUCGUAGCUACUGAAGGCAACCAAAGGCUCCAGGGGUGUGAAGAAGGGGUUGGUAAUUUAGUGAUAGUUUCCGCAGCGAUAUGGAGUCCUUCGCCUGGACAAGUGGUGUUGCUCACUUCAAGGGCUCCUCUGGUCCCAAUUUCUGCUCAAUAUUAUUUGGUCUAGUCAUAUUUCCUGGAGUGAUCUCCGCACCAACGUUCAACACCAACAACAACAACAACAUCGAUAACAGCAAGAGUAACGGCAUGGCCGAGUGGAGCUCAAAAUUCGCAACCCGAUCCAUAAAUCAUCGAACGAGGAGAGUGAGAGACACCAUCACGCAAAACGGGGUCUCAUAUCUUACCCAGUUUGGCUAUUUGCCCCGCUCCGAGACGGAGUCACUCUUCACCGACCAACAAGUUCGUGAUGCAGUGAGAAAUCUCCAGUUUAUGGCAGGCCUCAAUGUCACGGGAGAACUGGAUCCGUUGACCUUAGGCUUAAUGAUGAGACCUCGUUGCGGUGUGCCAGAUGUUACGCACACGGGUUACAGAAACCGACGCAGUGUCAGAUCAAAGAGGUACAGUCUCCAGGGACAGCGAUGGUCUAGAACGAAUCUCACGUGGAACCUUCAAAAAGGACCAAGCUCAGACUUGGAUCCCAACUUGGCUCGCCGCGAAUUGAGUUACGCCUUGGAAAUCUGGGCCAGAGAAUCCAGUCUCACCUUCCAAGAGGUCAACCCCGAGGACACUCGAGCUGAUAUCAGUGUGUUCUUUCAUCGGGGGUUCCACGGAGAUGGCUAUCAGUUUGAUGGGCAAGGCUCUGUCCUGGCCCACGCCUUCUUUCCCGGAUCAGGUAGAGGUGGAGAUGUGCAUUUUGAUGACGAUGAGCGGUGGUCAGAGCUCCGCACCACUACUCAAGACUUCACAAGUUUGUUCGCUGUCGCUGCUCACGAGUUUGGCCACUCCCUGGGCUUGUCCCACUCAGGAGUGGAGGGCGCCCUUAUGUACCCAUGGUAUUCAGGCGUACCUGACGAUUACAGUUUGCCAGAAGACGACCGCAAAGCGGUUCAAAUUCUUUAUGGCAAAACGAAAUCUCAGUAUCCGGCUAACCCAGACAUCUCCAAUGAGAUACCCACACCCGGGCCCACCUUCCCCACCAACGGUAAAGAUCGAUCAAGAUCAGAAGGUCAAGAUGACGAGGAUGAUAUGACUCAUGGUAACAGUCCACCCCAUCGGGAUGACUCAUACAACAAAGACAUGGAGAACAAUGCCCCUGCUCGUUGUGGCACCGAUUUCGAUGCUGUAGCCAUUAUUCGAACCGAGAUGUGGGUCUUUAAAGGUCGCUACUUUUGGCGGAUACAUCGCGAGGGGGGAAUUCGAGAUGAUCCAACCGAGCUGACCUCGUUUUGGUAUGGCUUACCCACAAACAUCGAGAAGAUUGAUGCCGUAUAUGAGCGAACUGACCACAAAAUCGUGUUCUUCGUCGCCAACCAUUAUUACAUUCUUAAUGGGAAUUCUCAGUUGGAGGAGGGUCCUAUUCCUCUAACAAGAUUGGGGCUUCCAGCUGAACUGAAGAGAGUUGACGCCGCCUUCAUCUGGGGUUGGAAUGACAAAACGUACUUCUUCUCAGAUACCAUGUACUGGCGUUUUGACGAGGAGAUCCAUCACGUCGAACUGGACUACCCAAGAGACAUUUCCAUUUGGAAUGGCGUGCCCUAUCAAUUGGAUGCCGCCUUUCAAUUCACCAACGGCAAGACUUACUUCUUCAAAGGAGAGAGCUCUCUGGAGUUUGAUGAUCGCAAAAUGAGUGUGACGAGUCGCCAAGGGACUCGGAUCAGUGAAGACUGGAUGCAUUGUCCGAAAGAGAUCAAAGAUCCUUUCCAGUCAGGCGUGUCAGGAGGCUCUCAAAGAGCAACUUUUCAACCUCUCUUUUCUCACAAGAUGUGCCUUUGUUACCUGCUUCUCAUUCUUAUUCAUGCCAAUUUACAAUGAAACGUGGGUGAUUUUACCGUUCGGCUAAAAGGUCUCAACUACCCAGCAAACUUUACAUUUACACAUUAAAACGAACUCGCAAUUGUUAACAUACAGCAGCUAUCUAUUAAUAUGCCCCUGAUGAUUUGAUCUAUGUUAGUUCAUCGUACUAAAUCAAAAGUGUUGUUCCACUGCCAUAAAAUGGACUCUGGUUUGACAAACCUACAACUUGGGUCGAAUUUAGAUCCCAUUGUUUUUCGCUUUUUGACCUCUAUCUGUGAUUUAAAAAUUCAAAGCGGAAUAGAUAUCCUUGAGUAACCUCACGUCGAAUGAGCUACAUCAAAUGGGGGUUCAAGUUUUCAUUUUCGGUCUAAAACAAUUAACUAAGACCUCCCACGCAAUGUAUGGAAAAUAAACGGAUUUGUAAAUUA